AUGGAAGUUCGCGAUACAGAAGUGAUCGGGAAUUUGGAAGAUGAAGACGGAAAACCCUUUAAACUCCAGGAAAGAGUGGAGAAGAAACCACCGUUAGUGCAGAAGGAGAGCGCAAAAAGCACCGGGGCUUCGGCAAAAGCGGGUCUACCGAGUGAAGAUGACGGAUUGGCGGAACUUUAUGAAAGUAGGAAAGUAGCAGUCGCCUCAGCUGAUGCGGUUCGACCGAAGGAGCCGCCCCCUCCGCCGGCCGAUGUCGCCUGCCGCCCGCCGGACCCGCUGUACGUCAGACGGACAGGGCUGAGGUUCUGGUGCACCAAACGGAUCCUCGACUGGCAAAGACAGGCACUGCGAGCACGGGAGGACCCGGAAGCAGUUCUGAAGCCUGUCAGAGAAUAUGGCGAGGAGUCUGUCUUGCAAAACGGUGAAAACGGCGAGAUAGAAUUGCAAGGAGAUAAUGAGAACGAGAAAGAACACGGACAUUACGAGAACGAGAAAGAACACGGACAUUACGAGAACGACAAAGAACACGGACAUUACGAGAACGAGAAAGAACAGGGACAUUACGAGAACGAGAAAGAACACGGACAUUACGAGAACGACAAACAACACAGACAUUACGAGAACGACAAAGAACACCGACACAGACAUUACGAGAACGACAAAGAACACGCGCUUUACGAGAACGAUGAAGAACAGUCAAACUUGUCGACUCACGUUUAUGCCGAUUUGGACCCCGAUUUUCUCGCAGCACAAGAUGCGAUCAAAAAUGCCACAGCUCAGCCGUUCUAUGAGAUGGACAUCACCCCUGCGGAUGAAGAACAAGAACAGCCCUUUUACAAGAUGGACAUCACGGAUGCCAAAGAAAAGCAACAAAAAGAACAGCCCUUUUACGAGAUGAAUGUCACCUCAGCCGAUGAGAAAAAUGAACAAGUUUUCUACAGGAUGGACAGCGAUCAACUUGGCAAGCCGAUUCCGUCGGAGAACGAGUACGAAGAUUUAGACCCCGACUUUCUUGCAGCACAAGACGCGGUGGACAGGAGGCAUGGCGCCAAGGAACCGAGCAGGGAUGACAGCAACCCGAGGUGCAGUCAGAACUGCCGCCUGUUCUGCAGAUCACAUCCUGGGCGCAUGGUGGCGCUUUGUGUCGGUGUCAUCAUAUUUGCUGGUAUUGCUGCAACUGUAGUCGCCCUAAUCCUCUACCAACACAGUGUACCGAGUGUCCACCCUGACGAAAACAAUGUGGUAAACCAGACAUCACUUCCAGUAACCUCCUCAACAUCGUCUGCACUUCUGCCUGUGACGUCACUAGCUACUUCUGAGACAACAGAAGCCACAGAUUGGUGGAGAGAGUGGACCCUCUACGUCAGAGCGUACUUCCAGCAGAACAAGGACACCGCCGCGGGUUUGGAAGAAAGUUACCCGGACAAUGAGGUUGUGAUGGUCCUACUGGAAGACAGGUUCUUCUGGCCCUUCCUGUGUUGGUACUGGAAAAUUUACAAUGAUCUCCCGCACACCCUGGACACAGCUGUAGGCUAUGGCAUAGAAUACGGCAUCACAAGUGACUACAUGGAGUCACAUGGUCUAUCAGCAUACAGCGAGGUCUUUUCUUCCAUGUUGAACGCGUUGGAGGCACUGCGGAACAAGACGGAAGGACUUCCGAAUAAUGGCAAAAUGAGCUUGGCAAUACCUGGACUGUCAUUGUUGGACACUGACGUUGAGGCACUGGUGAACCUUUUCCCACACCUGGGAGAAAUCACAGACUUCUAUCUCAUCAACUGCAGAAUUUCUCCUGACGCAGCAACAUUACUGACUGGACAGCUACACCUGCUGCGUAAGCUGACAAAGUUGAAUCUGAAGAAUAACGCGAUAGGAGAUGAAGGGGUGGAAGCAAUCGCAGAAACCUUUCCUCACUUGAAAGAGCUCCAACUUCUAAACAUUGACAAGAACUCAAUAACAAACGUGGGAGGACGGGCCAUGGCCAGAAGCCUAGUCCACCUGCAGCAGCUACAGGAACUCUUCUUACAGGAUAACGAGCUGGCGCUCAGUGUCUCUGCGCUGGCAAAGGCGUUUGCCAACAUGACGCGACUGAAACAUGUAUUCAUGUGGCCUGUCACGUGCAAUGCCACGUUUUUUCACAUUGCGACACAACAGGUACGAGAAGCUGUCCACACGCUUGCGGGGCGGGUGAGACUUCGCGGGGGAACUCCGCUGUAUGACGGGUCUAGUAACACAGGAGGUACACAGCAGGGAGUGGACGCAGCAUGGCGACGAGUUGAAAAUGCACUAACAUCAGGAGUAGUCAUAUCAAGCAGGCAGUUGAAGGUAGAAAUCAGGUUGUUGGUCCCUAGUUCUGGACACUAUCCACCCAGAGGCUAACAUAGGAUUUCCUAAUUUCCUUGAGACCAAAAUUGACCAAUCAAAAGGGAUCUACAUCGUCGCAAUAAUCACUGCAGGUCUAGGAAAUAAAGCGCCCCCAAGCGGCACAAAAUAUCACUGUAGUAAUAGGAGCAGCUUGGAGUCAACAUAUCGGUGUAGUACGUCAUUUAACUGCUAAAGGUCCCUUCUGAUCCACGCACUUCACUCAUGAAAUAGAUCUUGUAAGGUGAUAGCACUGUGUAGUCAUGAUAAGGUCUCAAGUAUGCAAUGUAGCGUUGUAAACGUGAAGGCCUGUUGGUGAUAAUGGGCGGAUGACGUGUGCUGUAGCAUAUUGCACAUAAGGAUUACAAGGAAAAUCAUAACAGGCUGAUAACCCAGAA